AUGUUUCGCAUCAUCUUCGAGGUUUUCCGAACUGUAUUUUUGGUAUUCCUCUCGCGACUCCCAGGAUUUGGUCGUCCUAUCAAGAAGAUUAGCGUCGCCAACACCAGCGUUCUGUUUCACAACGGAAGAGCGUUGGCAACUUGCGAAAGCGGCCCCCCUCUCAGAUUCGCGUUGCCGAGCUUGGAGACUAUUGGCUGGUUUAAUGGAAGAACAGCAGAAAACGAACCGCGACAAAGCACUGAGAGUGGCUUUGGGGGUACAGGCGUCGUAUCAUUCAUGAGAGAAUGGACCACGGCUCAUCCGCGAGUUGACCCGGUGACGAAAGAGCUCAUUACGUUCCACGCGACAUUCGUCCAGCCAUUUGUGCGUUAUUCCGUGGUGCCAGCGACGGCAAAGUCCGGGGCCGGCCGCUCUCCGGUGUUUGACCUCCCGGUUCCUGGAGUCGAGUCGCCUAAGAUGAUGCACGACUUUGGGGUAUCAAGGAACCACACCGUUAUCAUGGACCUGCCGCUGUCGCUGGAUACCAUGAACCUGAUUCGCGGAGUCCCAAGCUUGUCGUACGAUUCGGCCGGGAGGUCACGCUUCGGAGUCUUCCCACGACACCAGCCGGACACCAUUCAAUGGUUCGAGACCAAUCCUUGCACCAUUUUCCACACCGCCAACUGCUGGGACUCGAUUUCAUUGCAGACAGAUAUCAAUGGUCCUCGCGUGUCGGUCAAUCUCGUGGCCUGUCGGCUCACCUCCGCAUCCAUGGUUUUCAGUGCCGGCAAUCUUCCGACACCAGAGAUGAAGCCAGUGCCUCCCGAGUACGCUGAGGAGGAGCAGUGCCGAUUGUACUACUACAACUUCCCCUUGUCGGCCACUGCCGGGACCCAAUACAAUAUCAGACACCAGUGGGCUUUAUCAGCCAUUUCCUUGGAGUUUCCGUCUGUCGCACCGGCUUACUCCAUGCAGGAAGCUCGGUACGUUUACGGAUGCUCAACUGGCGAGGCAUCGUACACAGUUGCCCUUGGCAAAGCUGCAAAGAUCGACCACUUGGCCAAGUUCGACAUUCGAACACUGAUAGCAAGAGGCAUCGCACAACCACCACAGCCAGUCAAAGGCUGUGUCGAUACACGUAGUAUUGCCCAGGUCAUGAAGAGCCAGGAUCCCCAAGACCCUAUCAAACUCUUCCGAAUGCCCGCCGGAUGGUAUGCGCAAGAGCCAAGAUUCGUACCGCGGCGUGAACCUGAUUCCGAGGACGACGGAUGGCUGUUGACAUAUGUGUUCAACGAGGAUCAGCUCGACGAACAGGGUGAAUGUCUGCCCGAGGCUGCGAGCGAGUUGUGGAUAAUUGACGCGAAAGAAAUGAAGGAGGUCGUGGCUCGGAUCAAAUUGCCGCAGCGCGUACCGUAUGGACUGCAUGGAACCUGGUUUAGCGAAGAAGAGAUUGAUGAGCAGAAGCCAUUCGAGAGGGUGAGAACUAUGGCUUCGUAG